UGCAGGAAACCAUGAUGAAGGCAGUGGACCUUUUCAACACUCUGGAGGAUUUAAAAGAUGAUGAAUUUAAGACAUUCAAAUGGCAUCUGCAGCAGCCAAACAUCCUGGAAGGCUACCAAAGCAUCAAAGUGGCCAAGCUGGAGAAGGCAGAAAGGCAUGACACAGUGACUGUGAUGGUGAAUACCUAUCAACUUCAUGGAGCUCUGAAGGUGACCAAGAAGGUUUUAGGGAUGAUCAACAGGAAUGAUCUAGCGCAGAGUCUGCUACACACCAGCUCAGGACCAGAAGAGUCAGUGGAUGUCAGUGAUGUUGGAGAGACUUCACAGAACAGAGGAACUCCCUCCUCUCAGAGCAAAGGUAAGCUGCUGUAUUCUCUGGUCAGUAUGGAAGCCCUGAGUGACAAAGUGGCAGUUUAAAGUUUGAAAAAAUAUAGUCUUAGUAAGUUACUUACUCCAUUCUCCAACAAGUAAAUUAUGGUGUACUACAAUUUACUUGAAGAACUUUAGCUUCCCGAGCUAAUGUGAAAGUGUUGACAUAUGAAAGCAUCAAACAUGCAUUUUAG